UACAUUACAUUAUAAGAUCUCCUCGAGUCCGGACAGCUCAUUGAUCCAAGGUCCUAUUCAUUGUGCAAUUUGGAAAACAGACCAGAGUGAAGUUUGAAAAGUACAUAAUAUACCAUAUAUAUCAAAUGUAGUUGUAGUGAGUGUUCAUUAUAACGGAUUUAAUUCUUGGAUUUCUGUAUUUCAUACGAAAUGGUUUGCAUGCUUAAGGAGUUGGCGGUGAAGCUGUUUGAUGUAGGAGCGGUGCGUCUUGGUGACAUCGAAGCAAAGGUCGGACGUAGGACGCCCAUAUACUUCGAUCUGAGAGUCGUUGUGUCUCAUCCAAAGAUUAUGAUGGCAAUCGCUCAACAGUUACAAAUCUUAGCUUCAGAAAUAGACCACGAUAUCCUGUGCGGCGUGCCGUAUGCCGCGCUUCCUUUUGCUGCUGUUAUGUCCGUCAAUACGAAUACGCCUAUGAUUAUGAAAAGAAAAGAAACAAAACUUUACGCGACUAAGAAAAUUCUCGAAGGAGUUUUUGAGGAAAAUCAAAAGUGCCUCGUAGUUGAAGAUGUAGUGACAUCUGGCGGUAGCCUAUUAGAAACUGUUCAUACUCUUCGCAAAGAGGGUUUAUCUGUGACCGACGCCGUAAUAGUUCUUGAGAGGGAACAAGGUGGCGUUAGUGUUCUUAAUGCAAAUGGCGUCAAAGUGAAAUCGAUAUUUACAAUGUCCGAAUUAGUGAAAAUACUCAGAGAUGCCGGUAGGAUUAGCGAUGAAACAGUUGAAAUUGUAUCAGAUCACAUUAAAGAAUGUCAAUUUGGUAUGAAAGACAACUUUGACCAUAAUGUACAAUAAUAACGUAGUCCUUGAAUAGAAAUAAAAUAUUUAAGUUUAUAAAAAAAUAUAAUCAUAUUAUGUACUUAUUACAUUAUUUUAUUAGAAUUACACCAGUAACUACAUCUGUACCUUACACCAUCUUAUUAUAUUGUAAAAUACAAUUAAGAUAUUAAUAAACGUAUAAAACAUUUUUUGUGUUUGUGUAGCUACCUAAAUUUUGUUAGUAGUAUAUAGUAAGAAAUUACUGUAGCGGUUUCUUUUAAGCGCUAAUGAGUGAUAAAAACUCUUAAUUUAGUAUUUCCAUAUGUUAAAACUUAUCCAGUUCCUGGUAUGUAAACUUUGAAGCUAUAAACUUAUGUAUUUUUGUUAGAACGCAUGAUUCAGUUUAUUUCCUCAGGAAAUGUGGGAAUUAUUAUACUCGCUGCAUGCUAAUUUGUUGCAUAGCUAUUGUCUAGACAAUUAAUUUGUAUAUUCAACUUAUUAUCUGUAUGAAUCAUUAAAUGAAUAUUCUUCUCACCUCUCAUUUACUAUUUUUGAGUCAAUCGAGAUAUGAAUAACUGAAAACAUUCUAACUAGAAUUUUGUUGUAUAUAUUACCAAUGCAUACCUUUAAGAUUUUAGAUUAAUCGGACACGAGAUCUACUUAAGCAAAGAUUUUUAUUUAUUUUAUCUGUGUCAACAAUAUCUAAAUAAAGAGAUUGUCGAAUAUUUUUAUUAUAAUCAUAGACAAAUAAUAAUGAAAUAAAACAACACAAUAAAAUCAUUGUAGUUUAUUUAUUCACCAGCUGGAAUAUAAUAAUUAAAAACUUUGAUCGACUUCGAAAAAAUUGUACGACAUUAUUAUUAGCUUUUAAUUGCCAAAAAGCCAACGUUAACUCAAUCACACUGGUUACAAAGAUUAAAAAUUAACUUAGGUAUUAAAAAAAUCAAGUUCAGCCUUAUCAAACAAAAGAUCUUCUUUUGUGUCAUCAGUGUAUUCACAGCACCGCAGAGGUGUAAGUGAAGGGGUCACGUCGUAAGGGGUAUAACUGUUUAUCGUAAUAAACAUUCCAGAGAGCGCCCUUCCGCCAAGAAAACACUGGGAAUGUAAAUACUAUAACGCAACAUCAAGAAUGUCCUGCAUUUAAGGACGAGGGUACUACAUCCAGAACUGUUAGAAAGUUGUAUAAAA